AUGCUUUACAGAAGUGUUUAUUCAUUGGGUUCAAUGCCAACAGCUGAAUUAAUUGAUCAUGUUGAAAGAUCAUUUCUUUCUGCAACUAAUCAAAAACAAGAUCUUCAAAAAAUUCCACUUUUACAAGAAUUUGAAAAUGAAAUGAAAAUUUAUCAAGCUUGUUUAUCUGAUUUAUCAUCAUUACCUGAUUGUUGGAAUGUUCAAUGGAUUCGAAUUGAUUUAAGACCAAUUAAACAAACAUUAACAAGUCUUUCUCAUAAAUGGUUAUGGAAAUUCUGCGGUUAUCUUCAUGAUCAGACAAGUGAAUCAUUAAAUAAUGUUGAUGGUUUUCUUGGUGCAAUGGAACCUGAAAUCGAAUCUAUAACUGGUCUUGAACGUGAUACAGAAACAUUUAUGAAAAUAAUGCGUUUAUUUAAUUCAGUAUCAAGUAAACAACAAGAAGUUGAAAUACGUUUUGAACUAAUGCGUCGAACAUUAUCAUUAUUAAAAAUGUAUUCAUCAUCAAAUAAAAGUGAAUCAAUUUUACAUGAUAAAUAUCAAACAAUAAUUAAUCGUUGGCAAAAUUUAAAAACAAAAGUUAUGCAAGCUAAACAACGUUUAGGACCAACAUUAAAAGAAGAAUCAACAUUAAUAAUUGAAGAUUUAAAAUCAUUUCAAUCUAAAAUUGAUCAAUUUAUUAUUGAUCUUAAUCAAUCAAAUUUAUUUCAACAUCAAUUAACAUUUAUUCAAGCUCAAGCAAUUUUAAAUCAAUUUUUAAAUAGACAAAAACAACUUGAUAAACAAGCACUUGAUUAUAAACAAUUACAAUCUUUAUUAGAUACAAAUAUUGUAGAUUUUUCUAAAUUAGAUCUUUUUAGAGAAACUUUAAAACAUUUAACACUUACUUGGAAAACUGUCAAAGAUAUUCGUCAAAAUUUAGAAGAAAUAAAACAAGAACAAUGGCAAAAAUUAGAUAGUAAACAAGUUUUAUUAUCAUCUGAUAAACAUCUUGAAAAUUUACAAUCACUUCCAAAAUUAGUUCGAUCUUGGGAUAUAUAUACAUUUACUGAAGAUCAUAUUAAAAGAAUUAAAGUUUAUUUCAUUUUUUUCGUUUUU